GGCGGUGCAGCAUGCUUCAACUCUCGUCGCUGACUCAACUUUGCUUUUUCCCCUCCAUGAACAAAGCACUGACUCCGCGUGAAAAACCAGCUUGUGCUUGUCACUACGGUUGUUUUUCUGUCUGCACUCUGCUAGAUAACCUGUCUUAGAUUAUAGGACAAUUUUCUCUUGCGGAGUUUACCCCCCCUUUUACCCGUUUUAACAAACAGUGCGCGGCGUUUUAUCUCCCCGGUGCCAUAUAGACCCCCCUCCACCAUGCCGACCAUCGCCGUGGAUAAGGCUGCUCUCUUCAAGGAGCUGGGGCGAGAGUAUACUACAGAGGAGUUUGACGAACUAUGCUUUGAGUUCGGCCUUGAACUGGACGAAGACACCGAGAAUUCAGAAAGACCGUUCGUAAAUGGGAAACAAGAACCCCCGCAAUUGAAAAUUGAGGUUCCCGCGAAUCGAUAUGAUCUCCUCUGCAUUGAAGGCAUUGCUCUCAUGCUGAAUAUCUUCCGUGAACGAACUCCGUCACCCCAAUAUCGCCUUGUUUCGCCUCCCAAUGGCGAAUUGGAAACAAUCGUCGUAAAAGAGGAGACGACGAAAAUUCGCCCUUAUAUUUCCGGCGCCAUCCUUCGGAAUGUCCACUUCGAUCAAGCUCGGUACGAAUCCUUCAUCGCCCUUCAGGACAAAUUGCACCAAAAUCUUGCCCGUCAGAGAACGUUAGUGGCCAUUGGAACACAUGACUUGGAUAAACUCAAGGGGCCCUUCACUUAUGAGGCUUUGCCUCCAAAGGAUAUCAGCUUUGUCCCUUUAAGUCAAACACAGAAAAUGAAUGGAGAGGAGAUGAUGGAGUUCUAUGAGAAAGAUAAGCACAUAGGGAAAUACCUUCAUAUUAUCCGAGAUUCUCCUCUGUACCCCGUUAUUUAUGACUCAAACCGUGUUGUCUGCUCGCUGCCACCAAUUAUCAAUGGUGACCACUCGAAAAUCACCUUAAACACCAAGAAUGUGUUCCUCGAGUAUACAGCAACUGAUAAAACCAAGGUUGAGGUUGUGAACAAUAUCAUGGUUACCAUGUUCUCCCAAUUUACAUCAGAGCCCUUCACAGUGGAACCCGUGAGAAUAGUGUCAGAGCACAACAACGAAACUCGACAGACCCCCGAUCUUACGCCCCGGUCCGCUCAAGCCAGUGUGUCUUACAUUAAUCAAUGUUGCGGUCUCUCCCUCUCCGCCACAGAAAUUUGCAAUCUCCUCAAGCGCAUGUCCUACUUUGCCGAACCAUCCAAAACGUCCCCAGAUCUGAUCGACGUCCAAGUCCCAGUAACCCGCGCAGACGUACUCCAUCAAGCAGAUAUCAUGGAAGACGUCGCCAUCGCCUACGGCUUCAAUGAACUUCCGCGGUCCUUCCCCAGCAAAUCCGGCACAGUCGCCCAACCCUUACCCGUAAACAAACUUACCGACAUCAUCAGAACAGAGGCCGCGAUGGCCGGCUGGUCCGAAGUCAUGCCUCUUAUCCUCUGCUCACACGAUGAGAACUUUGCCUGGCUGAACCGCAAGGACGACGGCAAUACAGCCGUCAAGCUUGCGAAUCCCAAAACGAUAGAGUUUCAAGUCGUCCGCACGAGCCUGCUGCCGGGCCUGUUGAAGACGAUUAGUGAAAAUAAGCAUCAUGCGAUUCCCAUGAAGAUCUUUGAGGUUAGCGACGUUGCGUUCAAGGAUGUUUCUCUUGAGCGUAAGAGCAGGAAUGAGAGGCAUUUCGCUGCGGCCUGGUAUGGGAAGAACAGUGGGUUCGAGAUUGUGCAUGGGUUGCUUGACAGGGUUAUGGCGAUGCUGAAGACUGCGUUCAUUAUUGGAGAGGAAGGGCUGGAUAAUCCUUCGAUGGGGAAUGCUACUUAUUGGAUUGAAGAGUUGGAAGAUCCGACAUAUUUCACCGGCCAUGCAGCCUCCGUACACGUCAGCAUUUCCGGAAAGGAUCACAUCAUUGGUUCCUUCGGGAUUUUGCAUCCGACAGUGCUUGAGAAGUUCGAGUUGAAAUACCCCGUCAGCACACUGGAGAUUAACAUUGAGGCGUUCCUAUGAGGAAUUUGAGUAUGAUUUAUCAGAGGAAGUAUUCGCCCUUGGGGCUGUUUCACGAUGUAGAACGAAUCGUGGGUAUGAAUGAUGACGAUGAUAAUUGAAAAAAGAGAAAAGAGAAAAGGGGCACGUGGGCUUAUUGACAAAAAUCAACGGGGUCGCAUCGCGCAGGCACAGCCAGAGCUAGAGCUGGAAUAGAAGAAUACCUAGAUAUGAAUGCAUUGUUUUUGGCUUCUUAAAUCAUUUCUUUGCAUUGGUUGCUUUUAGCGAGCGGUGACGCGACUGUGGGUGAUAGAUAAAAUAUUCAUACCCAGGUAGUAAUCCGUGCUCACCAUAUACAGAGUGGUAAGGAAUUUAUACGCAGGAAGAUUUCGUGCAGAUUUUAUCACUGCGACUCUCCUUUCUCAUUCUCACUUCGGAGAGAAUCAAUCAAUCAUCCCGUGGCAGAGGGACCCAUAUACGCACCAUCACACACGUGUCAACAGGGAUCAGUCGAGGUUUCCAUCCCCUUGAGCAGCAAACCUAAUGGACAAGGGAGAAAGCAGAAGCUAAUCAAACAAAACCGGCAGAGGGAAAAUAAUCUUGUAUUUAUUUUGCGCCAAACAGACCAUCAACACAUGACCCUUGGGGAGGGGGGGAAAAAAAAGAAAAAAAAAGAAAAAAAAAUUAGAACAUUUUAACAGAACAUCAGAAAAAGAGCUCCAUUCAUCAUUAACGAACAAAAAUUUACUCCUGAACCCCUUCCACUACACCUUCGGCACCAGCAACCUGACCCGCAGCCUCCGCCUCCUGCUGCUCAGCCAAUCGCUGCUGCUCCGCCAACUGCUGGGCCGCAAGAGCCUUGGCGCCGUAGUCCUGGCUGAGUGGUUGCAGGACGGGCUGCUCCUCCUUGGGCUCAAUGAUGGUGACGGAAUCCGGGAGGGAUUUCUGAGGACCCGAUUUGCCUUCGGGGUCGCUGCCGCGCAUGAUUUUGACUUUGAUACCGAGGACACCCUGGCGGAGGAGGACGUGGCGGGUGGCGCUGUCGAUGAAGUCGCGGACGGGUUGGCCGGAGUGGAUCAUGAAGCCGUCCUGUAUUGAGUUGGUUAGUUGAUGUUGAUAUUCAGGGGAAAUCCCACCGUGCUGCGCGUGCGUGGAUCUGGGAAGUGGAAUUUUGAGGUGAUGGAAUGGGGAUGCGGAUGGGAUUGAGGAUAGGUAGGAGUAGAUUUCAACCAAAUGCCUCCUAGCUCCCCAUAUGUUUUCCUGCUGACCAAAAGAAAAUCGUACUGCUAAAAUAAAUAAAAAAUGUAAUGUAAUGGAUGAACAUACGGUGAACUUCAUGCUCUUAGCACGGGCAGCUCUCAGCUUCCCAGACACAACAACCUCGCAACCCUUGGCACCGCUCUCC